AAAACGAAGGCUGCCAUGUUGCAGUCGCAUCGCUGAUCAGUACUAAGAGUGAAUGUGGAUAAGUUCCUUUCCUGCUCAGUGAACUGGAACAGGUUCCUUCUGAGGAUCUCCAUCUGUUUAUUGCUUUCAUUUAGUGAAGUCUCCCGGGUCACAGGAUGAGCGGAGGGACGCCGUACAUCGGGAGUAAAAUCAGCCUGAUCUCCAAGGCCGAGAUUCGCUAUGAGGGAAUCCUUUACACUAUCGACACCGAGAACUCCACUGUCGCACUCGCCAAAGUGCGCUCAUUUGGGACUGAGGAUCGCCCCACUGACAGGCCGAUCCUGCCCCGCGAUGAGACGUAUGAGUACAUCAUCUUCAGAGGGAGUGAUAUUAAAGAUCUGACGGUUUGUGAACCUCCCAAACCAUCUUUGCCUCAGGACCCUGCAAUAGUUCAGUCUUCUAUUGGAUCUGCUGCACCACCCCCGGCUUUUCAGAGUGGAAACUCAUAUGGGCUGUUUAAACAGGCUCCAGUGUCUCCAUACAGCCAGUUCACCACCGGUCCGCUGGUCUCGCCCCCAUUUGGGACGGUCGGUGGUCGCAGCAGUCCAGCUGCUGACCCCUUGCAGAAAAGUCCACCUGUCGAUCCAUCAGCACCAUUGGCCUCGUCCGUCAGCAGUACUGUACCUGUGAGCCGCAGGAGCCCUAUCACAGCACGACUUGGCACAACCAGUUCUCAGAAGACCCAGGUUGCCCCAGAACAGAAGAGGAAUGAGGGCCGGUCUAGACUACGCCCAGGACUCGGGCUUGCAGCAGGAGAUGCUAAUGUAGUUCACUCAGGUUUUCAAACAGCAGGCAUUGAUGCACCAAAAGUGGCUGCCCGACCCGAGUCUGAUCAAUCCAGAGGUGAAAGUAAGGAAGCCCCUAAGCGGCAAGCAGGUCAUGUAGCUGCUGGGCCACCUGGUCCCCGCCGUGGUCGUGGUGGAGGACAUCGGGGGAGAGGACGUUACCCUGUGAGGAGAGAUGGACCCAUGAAAUUUGAGAAAGAUUUUGAUUUUGAGAGUGCCAAUGCCCAGUUUAACAAGGAGGAAAUUGACAAGGAGUUCCAGAGCAAACUCAAGCUUAAAGAUGAGAAGCCGGAGAAGACUUUGAAUGGGGAGGAUAAAGGUGAUUCCGGGGUGGAUACUCAAAAUAGUGAGGGGAAUGCCGAUGAGGAAGAUCCACUGGGACCCAACUGCUACUAUGACAAGACGAAGUCAUUCUUUGACAACAUCUCCUGCGACGACACUAGGGAACGGAGACAGACGUGGGCAGAGGAAAGGCGAAUGAAUGCCGAGACAUUCGGGAUCCCAUUCCGCCACAACAGGAAUCGAGGCGGGUUCCGUGGCCGUGGGGGCAUGGGCUUCCGUGGAGGACGUGGUCGCGGAGCCAGCCGGGGGUCAUUUGGGCCACCACAUGCAGGGGGUGGCGGAUUCAGAGGGGGUUAUAGAGGAAGCCAGGGAGGAAGAGAAUUUGCAAAUUUUGAAUAUAGGAAGGACAACAAAGUAGCCGCAUAGUGCAAAUAGAAGCUGGAGCCACAGGAAGGUGUAACUCAUGGGGAAGUGUUUCGUCACUACUUUUGAGGAGAAUGAAUUAAAAAUGUAAAGGAUGUAUACUUGUCACCAGCACUGGUAUAGACCACUGGAGAAGAUAAAAUGCAAUUUAAUUUCCAUAUCGUUUUAAGAGCGGCAAUGUUUCAGCCUUUGAAAAUGUAAAUCUGAUAAGAAUAUUUCCAGAUGGGGUACUUUGUGUAUGAACAUAUUUUAAAGAAACUAAUGUUUUUGUUUUUCCCCCUCAGUCCUUAACUUGUAUUUAAUAACCAGUUAGCUGUAACAGAGCAAUGUAUAUAUGCCUUUGAUCACCGAAAUAGCUUUAUCAUUAUUUUGAAUACCUUUUUUCCGUUCUAACUUUUUACUGUAUUUUUCUACUUACUCACAUUCUUGAAGUCAGUUGGUAGAAUUGUAAUUAUACUUGUUUGCUUUAACUAGCAUGUAGUCGGAUUUCCUUAGACUGUCCAAAUUAUUCUGGUACAUUGUAUGUUGUGUUAAAUAUCACACGAACCAUCUAAUCAGUGUGACUAGUAAACAUGGAUGUUGAGAAGUAAGCUAAUGAGAAUAGAUUUCCUCCACAAAGGUAUUUAUAAAUUAUCUUCAAUGCAUAGCCACAUUGUUAGAAGUUUUAGAAAGCGAUGCUAAAAUAUUUAACUUCAUAUGGCACCAGUUAGUAGGCAACAAUGCUGCAACCACUGUUCUAAGGCCUGCAGCUUCAUACAUAUGAGUAUUUACAAAAAGUUGAGGCAAAAAGCAUACUAUUAGCAAGAAUAGCACUGGCUCUGUUAUAUAGAGAAGUCCAUAUAUUCUGCACUUGAAUUUGUUGUGUGGUAGGUCAUGGAUAAGGUAAUCUUGUAUUGAACAGCAUGGUGUAUGAUACACAAUGCUUCCUGUGCUUUAGCAUGCUUAGCCACAUGUUUUUAAAGUUUGAAGUCAGCAGUGAUACCGGUGUACUUGGAUGUUGUGUGGUGCACAGACUUUAGUUCAGCUAAAAGGCAAGUCAUUAAAAUAAAAGGGCCAUUAGGGGUGUGCAGAGCAUGGUGGUGGUCUUGUCCUAUUCCCCAGUGUAGUGAGGAAGUAAACGUGCAGUGAGGCUAUAAGAAUAAGGAUUUAUAUCCUCAGCUGCUGAAUGGUGUUUACUUCAAGUAAUUAUUGUCUACACCACUGUAUGGAUUGAUUGUUUAUAAUGUUGGCGCCUGGAUAUAGAGCUAAUAUUCCUUGAUCUGGUUUCAAAAGCAUGUUCAUUUGAUAAAUUGUGACUGGAUAUCAUAUUUGACUUGACUGUGCACAGACUCUGAACACAAUGUAUACUCAAGUCCAAUCUGGACUUAUGAACCUUAUUCACAGAUCCAUUUCUAGUUGCGUUUUGUAUUCUUAAUACAUAUAUGAGCCUCUCAAAGACUCCCUGAUUAGUGCUUCAUUCUUGUUUGGUUUGCAUACCUUUUAAAUUUGUUCAAUAUCACUGAUGUAAUUGGUAGAAUGGUAAAAAAUGGAAGUAAAUGCAGUAGCCCAAGAUCCUCAAAAUAGCUAUUAUUGAUGUGCUUGUAUCUCCCUGAUAUCUUUAAGAAAUUUAACAAUUUAGGAUAUUCAAAUUAAGCUUCUGGACUUUCCUACCUCAAAUAGUUUGAUACAAUGAAAAACACUCUUCUGUCUGUAUGCUCCAUUUAACACUAAAUCCAACACACAGGCUUCUAUGACUAAAGGUUAUAUCAUAAAUUUAUCACCCAAUAAAAGAAAAAACUGAGUAAACGUUGGCCUGACUAAUGAAUUUAAGUUGUGAACGUUUCUCGCAGAAGUGAGAAGCUGCUUGAAUCUCUAUAGCUUUAAUUAUAGAACACAAAGUUCAAGAUGCAUGAUGAAAAAAAAAAACAGUUCUUAAUAGACUCUAGAUAGCAAACCAACACUUAAUCAAUACUAGCCUCAGAAGUUUUUUGUUCUUCACAUGAAGUCGCAAUUAUGUGUUAUAAUUUUGUUUACAUGAAUUCAGGUUUAAAUCUUAUGUGUUUUCACCCUGAAAUCGUAAAUUUUUACCCUCCACUGCCUAUUGUUUGAUCACUUAUUGGUUAUGAUUGUGAAGGAACAAAAUGUCUAUUUGCCUGUUCAGUAAAUCACUUAAUAGUUUGCAGAAAUAAUGCUAUCAUGUGUAAAAUACCAAAAAAAUAGUGCAAUAGAGCUGCUUUUAUUUUGGUCAACAUCAAUAACAAGGACUAGAAGUUUUGCACUGCUAUAUGGUAAUCUUUUGUCAUGUUAUUUUGCGUUAGACUUUUCAUUAACUUGAAAUCAGUUUGUCUGGUGUACUUUGGUAAAAAUAAAAAAUCUUAGCAUAAGCAAUAAUUUUUGGUUAUUUAAUCAUAUUUCACUACCUGGGAGCUUACUAAUUAUUUUUUGGUGCUAUAUAUCACCAUGGCAUGCUAAAGUACAAGUAGCAACUCGUAAAGCGAAACAUGUUUUUGUUAUUGAGCAAAAUAAUUUAGAAAUGCACUUUUGCACUUAUUUUCAUCUGUCCAAUCUAUCCAAGUUGAGAUUGCUUAUUUUACUCAGAAUAUUGGUUAAGUUUUCCACACAGUCUUAAGAAGAUGCAGACUGUAACUGUCUAGAUGUCAUUUUAUAAAAUGUUUCAUGCUACAUAAAGAACUAACUGAGUAUCUCUUAAGAGCACAUUUUAUCAUGAAAUAAUUUGAGAGAAUUUUCAUUCAUUUUGUUCCAGGUUCUGUUCUGUUAUUUAAAUUAGUUUUCAGAGAAAUGUGAAAUCCAGGUUUUAUCAAGGCAUAAAGCUUUGCCCUUUCAUUUAUGUUACAACAAUGUUCUAAUGAUUAAAUCAUUUAUGAGCAGCACUCUUGUAAGGAUAUGUUAUUCGUUGUUGGACAGUCACUGCCUCUAGUGUUGCCACAAGACGUGAUAAUGUAUGGUGACACUUGUGGGGUAGAUACUGUUAUUGAAAUGUUGUACUAUGGUGAGACUGAAUAUCACUACUUCCUUCAGUAAGGUUUGAAUUUACAUUUUGUCUUUCAAGCAUGAGGGGUAUAGCUCAAUGUAAAGGGAUUUUUAUUCUGAAACUUCAAUAAACUGUUAAUUAAUA